AGCAGCGGGCGCGCGGCCAUGGCGGCGGCGCCGGCCCUCAAGCACUGGCGGACCACGCUGGAGCGGGUGGAAAAGUUCGUGUCGCCGCUGUACUUCACCGACUGUAACCUCCGCGGCAGGCUCUUCGGGGACAGCUGCCCCGUGGCCGCGCUCUCCAGCUUCCUGACGCCCGAGAGGCUCUCCUACCCGGAGGCGGUGCAGCAGGCCUUCAGCCCCGCGCAGGUCGGCGACAGCUUCGGACCCACGUGGUGGACCUGCUGGUUCCGCGUGGACCUGGCCAUCCCGGAGGCAUGGGUGGGCCAGGAAGUUCACCUGUGCUGGGAGAGCGAUGGAGAGGGCCUGGUGUGGCUCGAUGGGGAGCCUGUCCAGGGUUUGACCAGAGAAGGUGAGAAGACCAGUUUCGUGCUGACCGACAAGCUGGGGGAAGGAGACCCCCGGAGCCUGACCCUCUACGUGGAAGUGGCCUGCACCGGGCUCCUGGGAGCGGGCAAGGAAAGCAUGAUCGCCGCCCCAGACCCCGAGAAGAUGUUCCGGCUGCACCGGGCCGAGCUGGCGGUGUUCCACCGGGAUGUGCACCUGCUCCUGGUGGAUCUGGAGCUGCUGCUGGGCGUGGCCAAGGGCCUCGGGCAGGACAGCCAGCGCAGCUUCCAGGCCCUGUACACGGCCAACCAGAUGGUGAACGUGUGUGACCCUGUGCGGCCCGACACCUUUCCUGUAGCCCGGGCCUUGGCCUCCAGGUUCUUCAGCCAGCGUGGUGGUGAAAGCCAGCACACUGUCCACGCCGUGGGGCACUGCCACAUCGACACAGCCUGGCUCUGGCCGUUCAAGGAGACCGUGCGGAAAUGCGCCCGGAGCUGGGUGACGGCGGUGCGGCUCAUGGAGCAGAACCCGGACUUCAUCUUCGCCUGCUCCCAGGCGCAGCAACUGGAGUGGGUGAAGAGCCGCUACCCCGGCCUGCACGCCCGGCUGCAGGAGCUGGCCUGCCACGGGCAGUUUGUGCCUGUGGGCGGCACGUGGGUGGAGAUGGACGGGAACCUGCCCAGCGGAGAGGCCAUGGUGAGGCAGUUCCUGCAGGGCCAGAACUUCUUCCUGCAGGAGUUCGGGAAGCCCUGCUCCGAGCUAUGGCUGCCCGACACCUUCGGCUACUCAGCGCAGCUCCCCCAGAUCAUGCGCGGUUGUGGCAUCAAGCGCUUCCUGACCCAGAAAUUGAGCUGGAACUUGGUGAACACCUUUCCGCACCACACCUUUUCCUGGGAGGGCCUGGACGGCUCCCGCGUGCUGGUCCACUUCCCACCCGGCGACUCGUACGGGAUGCAAGGCACCGUGGAGGAGCUGCUGAAGACCGUGACCAACAACCGGGACAAGGGGCGGGCCAACCACAGCGCCUUCCUCUUCGGCUUCGGGGACGGGGGUGGGGGCCCCACCCAGACCAUGCUGGACCGCUUGAAGCGCCUGGCCGAUACCGACGGGCUGCCCAGGGUGCAGCUGUCGUCCCCGGAGCAGCUCUUCUCGGCGCUGGAGCGCGACUCGGAGCAGCUGUGCACGUGGGCCGGGGAGCUCUUCCUGGAGCUGCACCACGGCACCUACACCACGCAGGCCCAGAUCAAGAAGGGCAACCGGGAGUGCGAGCGCCUGCUGCACGACGUGGAGCUGCUCUGCAGCCUGGCCCUGGCCCGCAGCGCCCAGUUCCUCUACCCCGCGGCCCAGCUGCAGCACCUCUGGAGGCUCCUGCUGCUGAACCAGUUCCACGACGUGGUGACGGGCAGCUGCGUCCAGCUGGUGGCCGAGGAAGCCCUGAGCCACUACGCAGACAUCCGUUCCCACGGCAACGCGCUGCUCAGCGCCGCGGCCGCAGCCCUGUGUGCGGGGGAGCCGGGCCCCGAGGGCCUCCUCAUCGUGAACACACUGCCUUGGAAGCGCACCGAGGUGCUGGCCUUGCCCAGGCCCGGCGGGGCCCACAGCCUAGCCCUGGUGACGGUGCCCAGCAUGGGCUACGCUCCUGCGCCCACCCCCACCCCACCGCAGCCCCUGCAUCCCGUGUGCGUGGUGCAGGAGGCUGACGGCUCGGUGACUCUGGACAACAGCAUCAUCCGGGUGAGGCUGGACCCAACCGGCCGCCUGACGUCCCUGGUGCUGGUGGCCUCUGGCAGGGAAGCCAUCGCCGAGGGUGCCGUGGGGAACCAGUUCGUGCUGUUCGACGACGUCCCCUUGUACUGGGACGCGUGGGACGUCAUGGACUACCACCUGGAGACCCGGAAGCCCGUGCUGGGCCAGGCGGGGACCCUGGCCGUGGGCACCGAGGGCGGCCUGCGGGGCAGCGCCUGGUUCCUGCUGCAGCUCAGCCCCAGCAGUCGGCUCAGCCAGGAGGUGGUGCUGGACGUCGGCUGCCCCUACGUCCGCUUCCACACAGAGGUGCACUGGCACGAGGCCCACAAGUUCCUGAAAGUGGAGUUCCCCGCCCGAGUGCGGAGCCCCCAGGCCACCUACGAGAUCCAGUUUGGACACCUGCAGCGGCCCACGCACCACAACACCUCCUGGGACUGGGCUCGCUAUGAGGUGUGGGCCCACCGCUGGAUGGAUCUCUCAGAGCAUGGCUUCGGGCUGGCCCUGCUCAACGACUGCAAGUACGGCGCCUCGGUGCGAGACAGCGUCCUCAGCCUGUCCCUCUUGAGGGCGCCAAAGUCCCCUGAUGCCACCGCCGACAUGGGGCGCCACGAGUUCACCUACGCGCUGAUGCCGCACAAGGGCUCCUUCCAGGACGCUGGCGUCAUCCAGGCCGCCUACGGCCUCAACUUCCCGCUGCUGGCGCUGCCCGUGCCGAGCCCUGCGCCCGCCACCACCUGGAGCGCCUUCUCCGUGUCCUCGCCCGCGGUGGUGCUGGAGACGGUCAAGCAGGCGGAGGCCGGCCGCGCGCUGGUCCUGAGGCUGUACGAGGCCCACGGCAGCCACGUGGACUGCUGGCUGCGCACGGCGCUGCCCGUGCAGGAGGCCAUCCUCUGCGACCUCCUGGAGCGGCGCGACCCUGCCGGCCCCCUGCCCCUUGAGGACGCCCGCCUGAAGCUCACCUUCUCCCCCUUCCAAGUGCGGUCCCUGCUGCUCCUGCUGCAGCCUCCGCCCAGCUGAGUGCCGGGCCGCUCCUCGCUGCCCCCGGCCUCAGCCAAGGCCAGGCGCCCCUCCCGCAAUAAAGCCUUGGAGCCGGAA